CACUUCCUGCUCAGUGUGCAUGUCCGGUCCCGCCAACAACAAAAACCCGGAAGUGUUAAUUGUUAACGUUCGUUGGGGGACCACAAUCAACCAGUAAGCAACUGAAAACAAAAAUUAAAAGGAGGCUGCCAGUAUGUGGGUACACUGUAUGCGUAGAUAUAAAUCUAAUACAGGUAAUACAUCAGCAGUUAAAUGCUCUCCACAGCAGCACUGACCUUAAAACUAGUACCACAAAGGAAAUUAUGGAUUCAAACCUGGACCCCAGUAAAGAUGAUCUGCCCCUUAUGGCUAACACUAGUCACAUACUAGUAAGGCAUUAUACACUGGACUUGGAUGUAAACAUUGAAGAGAAAAUUAUUAGUGGUUGCAUUGUCCUUUAUCUUCAAGCUUGCACAGAAUCUACUCAGUCUGACAGGACUUUAGAUGGAGUCUUGAAUUAUUCUCAGGAAUAUGCAAGCUCUGCAAUGGCAGUAUCUGAGUUUUCUCACAUUUCUGUAGCAGCUCAAGGUGCUUCAUCAUCCAUAGCUAGGUAUGAUGCUGCUGCUGUUGCUGGAACCAGUGCACUUAAUAUAUUAGAUAAAAACUGUAACCAUGGGAACAAGAAAGAGACUUCUGGGAUUUCUUGUUCGAAGGAGGACUGCUAUGACAAAAAGGAUGAUGGGAUGGAUGAUUUUGUGCUUAUACUUGACUCAUGUGAUCUUUCUGUAAUAAAGGUGGAGGAGGUUGAUGCUGGUGCUAUUACAGGUGCUGAGAAACUGAGCCAGGCUACAUUAGGCAGUACUGGUGCUUCAGAGCUGUCAGCUGUCCGGACCUGGAUUGUGCAGAAACUUGUAGCUUUACCUGCAGCAUCUUGGCAAGAACAACAUAACUGUUACCUUCUCUAUAGCCAGGCACCUGGCUGUGGAGAGCUUCAGUUUGCCAGUGAUACUUGGAGUCUCAGGAUCUGGAAAGCUGGGAUUCAGACUCCACAGGAAUUCCCUCGUGCCAUUAGAAUCUGGUAUAAAACAAAACCUGAAAGUAGAUCCAUCAGGUGGACUAUGGACCAAGAUUGUAGACCAUGUGUUUAUACAUCAGGGUCUGCACUUAAUAACCGAGGCCUCUUUCCAUGCCAAGAACCACCAUCUGCUAUGGCUACGUGGCAAGCUACAGUUCGAGCACCUGUAGGCUUUGUAACAUUGAUGAGCAGUGAGAAUGCUGCUGUUGCAACUCAGGUUCAAGAAGAUGUUUUAAGCUGGUUCUAUUAUGUAACUAUGCCAAUGCCAGCAUCUACCUUGACAAUUGCAGUAGGUUGCUGGACUGAAGUUCAAAAGGACUCUACCUCAUGUUCUCAAACAGAUUACCAGCCCUUGACUUCAAGUACUGUAUCCAAAUGGGAUCAACACCACUGUGGUCAUGUGGAUUACCCUUGUCGUUUUCUACAUCCUGGUGCUCAUAUUCAGAUAAACAUUCCUUAUCGUGUUUUUACUGCUGACUGCCUCAGGGAAAAGUGUAAGGAAAUUCUGCUUCCACUGGUUCCACAUUGUCUUGUCGCAGCUCAUGAUAUUCUUGGAACUCACCCCUUUUGUAGGCUGGAUAUUUUGUUCGUUCCUGCUGGCUUUUGCAAUCUAGGGAUGGCUAGCCCACACAUCAUGUUCCUGUCUCAGAGCAUUUUGUCAGGAAGAAGCCAUUUUUGUGGGUCACGAUUCUGUCAUGAACUUGCCCAUAACUGGUUUGGACUUGCUAUCGGAGCCAAGGAUUGGACAGAAGAAUGGAUUAGUGAAGGGUUUGCCACUUAUUUGGAAGAUAUAUUCUGGGCGAAGGCACAAAAGCUGUCACCAAAAGAAACAGAAGAGCAGUGUGAGCUCCGAGCACUUUUACGCUGGUACCGACUUAGAGAUGAAGUGCAAAAUUCAGAACAAGAACUGCAAGUGCUGCGGCCUAAGAAGGAUUGCACAGGAGAAGUGAGUGAAUCAGGAGUAUCUGUCAUCAAACACGGUCUUAAUCCAGGCAAAGUCUUCAUGCAAGUACAUUACCUUAAGGGUUACUUCCUUCUUCGCUUCCUAGCCAGUAAAGUUGGGCAAGUAAAGUACCUGACAUUUUUAAGAAAUUUUGUUCUGAAGUUUCAUGGGCAGCUUAUUCUGUCUCAGGAUUUUCUACACAUGCUGCUCGGGAACUUCCCAGAACUAAGCAGUCAGGGUAUUUCUGUUGAGAAUAUUUAUGAAGACUGGCUAGAUACAGCUGGAAUACCAAAGUCUUUAUUGAACGAAGUGCUGAAACUGGAAGAAAAUCGUUUGGCCGCAGAAGUUAAAGAUGAGGUUGCAAAAUGGAUGCAUUUCAGUCAGAAAAACAGAAGAGGCCCUAAAAGGAGAAAGAAACGGAAAGAUGACAUGAAUUACAGAGAACUUCUUUCCGACCAGCUUGUCCUCCUACUUGAGUUUCUCCUACAAGAGAAGACAUUGUGCCAUAAAGCUCUGCAGAGGUUAAGGAGCACGUACCAGCUUCUGAGACAAGAUGCAGAGGUCAGACAUAGGUGGUGCGAGCUUGUUGUGAAACACAGGUAUUUGUCAGCAUAUGGAGAUGUCAAGGAAUUCUUGGAAAAGGAUCAGUUUUUUGCAUGUUCACCAAGAGCGAGAGAGAUAACCAAGAAGAGUAUUGUAGACUUUCUAAGAAAUAAUGCACCAAAGAGCUGCUACUUCAGAUCCCAAGAAUAUCUUCACACUGGUUUAAUUUUCAGCAGAAAUUUGUAGUGUUCAGUUUUUGCCAAUGUUUACCUGUGUCUUACAAAUGUUUGGAAACAAAGUAGAAUAGGUUUGUGAAGUAAAGUAAUGCUAGUAAUGAAAUAAUACUUGAAUAAAGUCACAUCCUCCUGUUUUUACAUGAGCUGGACUCUUUUUGUUAAAACAUCUUUAUUUCAUUGGAAUUUUUUUUAAAUAAAGACUUCAUGCAAAUUA